UUGAAUAUAAUUGAUUUAAAUGCUAAAAUUUUUCUAUACUUUUUAAAUUUCAGUGCAAGUACGUCACAUUCAUCUGCGACAUAUGAGAAUGCUCAUGUUGGUACACCUACUCCAAGUACUGCGUCGACCUUGGUUUUGGGUACGCAAGGUCGAGGAGCUAGCCCAAAGGUAAUUCAGUCAUUGAAUAACGCACUGAAUGGUAAAGGUCAUCGUUUUUCUCAUGUUCAUCUACAGACCCCUUCGAAAUGUGCUCAUUGUACUUCUAUUUUAAUCGGUUUGGACAGGCAGGGCCUUUUCUGUCAAGAUUGUCAAUAUGCGUGUCAUGUGCACUGUGCGCCAAAAGUACCCACUUCUUGUCCUGUGCCACCUGAGGCUCGUCGUCCACUGGGCAUUGAUCCACAGAAAGGCGUUGGAACUGCUUAUGAGGGUCUAGUGAAAACGCCAAAACCUGCUGGAGUCAAGCGAGGAUGGCAGUCUACUUAUGUUGUUGUGUGUGAUUUCAAGUUGUACUUAUAUGACUGCAAUAUAGAUAAACAUGGGAAGGCAAUCGAUAUUCAUCCAAUGAUACGUCAGGUAUUUUUUGUUUUGGAUAUGAGGGAUCCUGAUUUCAAUGUGUCUAGUGUUAUAGAAUCCGAUGUAAUCCACGCUUCUAAAUCUGAUUUACCAAAGAUAUUUCGCGUUACAACUAGUCAGAUUCAUAGUAUGCUGCCAACUGUAACUGUAAACACCACGGGUUCUAAUUCAAGUAAUGGUAGUGCUGGCUCCGAUACGCCUAUAGCUAGGCAUUUAACUUUUCAGGAAAAAACGAAAUGGGUGAUAGCUCUGAAUGAAUUAAAAAAUCUUUUACGGAAAUCUAAACUGGUUGACAAGAGUGCUUUCUUGGUUAAGGAAGUUUUUGAUUCAUUAACGUUUCGAGAACUGCGUAAUGCACAAUGUGCAACUGUACUAGAUAAGAGCAAAAUUGUUAUGGGAUUUGCAGACUAUGGUCUUUAUGCCAUCGAUCUGGACCGUGAGAUUUUGGUGCCUAUUGGUGGUGAAAGAGAAAAUAAUAAACGAACUGUUGAACAAAUAGAAUAUAACGCUGAUGAACAGUUGUUUGUUGCGAUGGUUGGUGUAGUAAAGGAACGUCAUAUUCGUUUAAUACCGACAGCAGCUCUUGAUGGUCGUGAUUUGAAAUGGAUUAAAGUAGCAGAUACUAAAGGAUGUCAUUUAUUGACUUUGGGAGCCGGUAGUUCCAACGAUCCGCACAAUUAUUUUUGUGUUGCAGUAAAGAAAACGGUGUUGGUUUAUCAGAUUGAUCGAAGUGAAAAACGCCAUAGAAAAGUUAGAGACCUAGCAAUGCCAGGUCAUCCACAAACGAUUUCGAUAAUGCGUGGCAAAUUAUGCGUAGGAUAUCCUUCUGGAUUUCGUAUGUGGGAUCUUGCGGAUAAUUCAACGACAGCUCUUGUCAACUUAGAAGAUGCUUCUUUACAAUUUUUGAACCAAACGUUAUAUGAUGCACAUUUAAUAAUUAAUGUGAGUGGCUAUGAACAGAAAGAAUUCUUGCUCAUUUUUUCACGUUUGGGAGUUUACGUUGAUGCACAAGGUAGACGAUGUCGUUCGCAGGAGCUAAUGUUUCCAUCUGAAGCAAGUUCUGGAGGAUUCUCUUGUAUAAUGCCUCAUCUUUGUGUUUAUUCUGAAAAUGAAAUCGAUGUUUUUAAUGUUAAUAGUGCAGAGUGGGUACAGACAAUCAAUUUGCGAAAGGCUUCUCCUCUCACAAGUGAUGGCCGUUUAACCGUCUGUGUAAUUAAUGAUUUACCGUACGUUGUGCUUUUAUCCGAUGUUCUUUCAGAUGAAGACGUGUUAAGUUUACCUGAUUGGACUCAACCUUCCAUUGCCAAUAUUCCAUCAUCUAGUUCUCUGAUAAAAGGUAUUACUGCAAAGAGAAGGAGAAAAUUCUCGAUGAAGACACCACGUGAAGAUGAUCGUUACGGCAGGAGUGGUGAUCGUCGCAGUCAGUUACCGAUUAGUGGCCCAUCUGAUUUUGUUCAUAUCGUUCAUAUGGGUCCUGGAGCGGGAUUGGAACUGCAAAAUCUUAUUGAUUUGAAAAAUUCAAAUCCUUCGCAUGUCACUAGCAGUUCUUCAUUAGGAAGUGGGGCAGCAGAUAAGGUUCGACAAUUAAUUAAUCCAAUUAUGAGAUCGACCAGUUCUACGACUACGAACUUGCACGGUGUUCACCAGUUAACAAAUACAUCUCGUCGUGAAAUCGAAUUGAUGCAAUCAAAAUCUCGCCCAUUGAGUUCACACAGUAAAGGAUCUGAUGGUAUUGGCGUUUUACCAAAAGCUUCAAUAACAAGCACCAACUCGCAUUUUUUGGAGCUGAAGGCAGUUCAAAAAGAUGCAGUGAAAACGAACCAACUUCACUGGGAUACCACCACGGAGCCGUGUUUACCGAGUCGGUCACGUUCAUCCCUUCAAAUCAAACAAAAACGUCACAAUAGUCAACAUGAUUUUUGA